UGGAAUGAAAUGAAUUUGAAUGGAGGUGCUCAUUGUCGAAUAUCGUGAAUUUUGAUCGAGAGGGAGAGGAAUAGACGCAAAAAAGAACAAGUUGUAUUUAAAUCAAGACCAAGCAUGGUGAAAGAACAGUUCAGGGAGACAAAUGUUGCCAGCGAAGUCUCCCAUAUAUCCUUUGGCGUAAACAGCAUGCUUGACAUAAAUAUGCAGGCCAGUGUGGAGAUGAUCUCCAAAAACCUGUACAAUGAAGAUACAAAGCAUACCCCUGCUUUGCAAGGAGCACUGGACAGGCGCAUGGGAGUGAGUUCUACAGGAGUCGAAUGCGAAACGUGUAAUAAAAAGUUGAAUGACUGCGUAGGACAUUUCGGGUAUCUUAAUUUAGAAUUACCAGUCUUUCACGUUGGUUAUUUCAAAUCUAUCAUUCAGAUUUUACAGACAAUUUGCAAGAGUUGUGCUCAUGUUUUGCUAACGCACGAAGAAAGAAAAUUUUUUUCGCGCAGUAUACAAAAUCCGAAAUCAGGAUAUUUAAUGCGCAAAGCAUUACGUAAGAAAAUAUUAGAAGUAGCGAGAAAGAAGACGGUAUGUCCAAAUUGUAAGUCAAAUAAUGGCCCUGUGAAGAAGGCUGGUUUUCUCAAGAUUGUACAUGAGAAAUACAAGAACUUAAAGAAAAUAGAUCCCAUUAUUCAAGAAAAGUUGGCUGAAUUGGCCCCAAAGAUGGAACGCGACAUAGAAUUCAAAAAUAUAGUAGAGCAAAACUACAGAUGUAUAUUUGAUAAAUAUCUAUAUCCAAAUGUGCAAGAACUUUUCAAUAGAAUUCCAACGGGUGAUAUCUUCUUCUUGUUAAUGAAUCCUGAAUGUGCAGCUCCAGUAGAUUUAGUAUUGAGAAGGAUCCCUGUGCCACCAAUUUGUAUUAGACCUAGUAUUUUAUCUGAUCUAAAGGCUGGUACAAAUGAAGAUUAUCUGACAAUGAAAUUGUCAGAAAUAGCUCUUAUCAAUGACGUCAUUCGCAGGCAAAAAGGUGUUAAUAUAAAUACGUACAUGGAACAUUGGGAUUUUCUUCAACUGCAUUGUGGUCUUUACAUUAAUAGCGAAAUGUCCGGAAUACCUCUACAUAUGCAACCUAAAAAGUCUGGUAGAGGUAUAGUGCAAAGAUUGAAAGGGAAACAAGGUCGUUUCCGAGGUAAUUUGUCUGGUAAACGUGUUGAUUUUACUUCUCGCACAGUCAUUUCGCCUGAUCCGAAUCUCAGAAUAGAACAAGUUGGUGUACCUAUACAUGUUGCAAAGACUUUAACGUAUCCUGAAAGGGUUAUUCCAUCAAACAUGGAAUUAAUGCGAAAAUUAGUAAGAAAUGGUCCAGACACACAUCCUGGAGCAAAUUACAUACAAUAUAAGAAUUCGCAAAAUAGGCGAUAUCUUGGAUAUGGUGAUCGGAAUAAAGCCGCCCAAGAUUUACAGUAUGGCGACAUUGUUGAGAGGCAUCUCAAAGACGAUGACUUAGUGCUGUUCAAUCGGCAACCAUCUUUGCACAAAUUAAGUAUUAUGACACAUAGAACCAAGGUAUUAGAGCAUCGAACGUUCAGAUUCAACGAAUGUGUCUGUGCACCUUACAAUGCAGAUUUUGACGGCGACGAGAUGAAUCUUCACUUACCGCAAACUGAAGAAGCCAGAGCCGAAGCAUUAGUUUUGUUAGCGAAUAAAUCUAAUCUAGUUACACCUCGCAAUGGUGACUUAUUGAUAGCAGCAACUCAAGAUUUUAUCACCGGUGCUUAUCUCUUAACUCAAAAGGAUACAUUUCUCCAGCUAGAACAAGUUAGAUUAGCUCUUUGCCUUUUAGCUGGCUCGGAUGCUUCUACGAAAGUAACUCUUCCUCCGCCUGCAAUCAUAAAACCGGCGAGAUUGUGGACCGGCAAACAAAUAUUUAGUCUCAUUAUACGACCGAAUAAGGAAUGUCCUGUCAAAGCAAAUCUAAAGGCAAAGGGCAAGACAUAUACCAAUGGAAAAGAAUUUUGUAUCAAUGACUCUUAUAUUAUUAUUCGUAAUUCCGAGCUUCUAGCAGGAACAAUGGAUAAAUCUGUAUUAGGCUCAGGAUCAAAACAAAAUAUAUUUUACAUUUUGCUGCGUGAUUGGGGUGAAGAUGUUGCAACCGCAGCUAUGUGGCGUUUAACCAGAAUAACGAAUCAUUUCAAUUUUGAAAGAGGAAUUUCUCUUGGUAUCGGUGAUCUUAUACCUAGUCAAGGCCUUCUUCGAGCCAAGGAAAAAAUAUUAAACACUCAUUAUUCUACGUGUAACGAAUACAUUCAGUUAAUGGAACAGGGUCAUCUUGUCUGUCAACCUGGAUGUUCAGAAGAGGAAACACUGGAAACGAGAAUAUUAAACGAACUUUCAGUGAUCCGUGAUGACGUUGGUAAAGCGUGUUUGAGAGAACUGCAUCCUACUAACAUUCCCCUAACUAUGGCACUCUGUGGAAGUAAGGGUAGUUUCAUCAACAUCUCUCAAAUGAUUGCUUGCGUAGGUCAACAAGCUAUCAAUGGAUGUAGAGUACCAGAUGGAUUUGAGAAUCGUGCGUUACCUCAUGUCUUGACACGCUCAAAGAAGCCAGAUGCUAAAGGAUUUGUGGAAAAUUCAUUUUAUUCUGGAUUAGUGUCCAAGGAAUUCUAUUUUCAUGCGAUGGGCGGUCGAGAGGGUCUCACAGAUACUGCUGUAAAAACUGCGGAGACUGGAUACAUGCAGAGACGAUUAAUUAAAAGUUUAGAAGAUUUGUGUAUCCAUUACGACAUGACAGUACGCAAUUCUAUGCGCGAUAUGAUACAGACUACAUAUGGCGGUGAUGGAUUGGAUCCUACAUACAUGGAGGGUAAAGACUGUCCCGUGGAUUAUGAAAGAGUGUACGAGCACGUGAGGGCGAAAAUGCCUUAUAUUACCGAAGAGCCUUUAGAUUACGCUAGCGUAAUUAAUGCCACAAAGGAAAUGCUACGCUCUGAGGAGUAUGAGUGCCUGAGUGAGGAAUUCAAAGAUGAAUUGACUUCGUUUCUGAAAUUGAAAGUGGCGCGAAAAAUAGCGUUUUAUCGGCAGAACGUUAUAUCGAAUUCAUCGGUGACUUCGCAACUUGAACGUUUUACCGUCUCACAAUUAGUAGAAUUUAUUCACACGUGCAAAGAGAAGUACAUGAGAGCUAAGAUAGAACCAGGCACUGCUGUAGGUGCGCUCGCCGCUCAAAGUAUCGGUGAGCCAGGGACUCAGAUGACACUCAAAACAUUCCAUUUUGCUGGUGUAGCUGCUAUGAACAUUACUCAAGGAGUUCCCCGUAUUAAAGAAAUUAUUAAUGCGAGUCCCAAGAUCAGUACUCCUAUCAUAACAGCGACAUUGAUCAAUGAUACGAGUUCCGAGUUUGCCGAGCAAGUGAAGGCAAGAAUUGAGAAGACGACCCUGGGGGAUGUAUCUGAAUAUAUCGAGGAAAUAUAUUUAUCUGAUGAUCAUUUCCUUAUAAUAAAAUUAGAUAUCGAUAGAAUUAAAAUGUUGAAAUUAGAAGUUGAUGUUAAUUCUGUAUGCUAUAAACUCUGCACUUCAAAAUUAAAAUUAACUUCAAAGAAUGUAGAAAAGGUGACCGACUCAGUUAUUAUUAUUCGACCAAAUCGAAGUAAAGAUAAAGAUUCAAAUUUUCCAUUUCGUCAAUUGACAGAGGCCAUUCCAAAUGUUAUAAUAAAGGGUUUACCAUCGAUCAAUAGAGUAGUUGUACAUAAUGAAAACCUUGGUAAUAAAUCGAAAUUUACAUUAUUUGUCGAAGGUGAUAAUUUUAGAGAAGUUAUGGCAACACGUGGCAUCCUCGGUGAGAAGACAAAGUCGAAUAAUACAAUAGAAGUUUUCAAAACACUCGGAAUAGAAGCAGCGAGAACAACUAUCAUGUCAGAAAUUAAGUCGGUAAUGGAAAAUCACGGUAUCAGUAUUGAUUGUCGACAUUUAAUGCUCUUGGCAGAUUUAAUGACUAGUAGAGGAGAAGUACUUGGUAUCACGAGACAAGGUUUGGCAAAAAUGAAAGAAUCGGUUUUAAACUUGGCAUCGUUUGAGAAGACUGCAGAUCAUUUAUUUGAUGCAGCUUAUUAUGGACAAAAAGAUGUUAUAAGCGGCGUAUCGGAAUCAAUUAUAAUGGGUAUUCCAGUUCCACUAGGCACAGGAAUAUUCAAGCUGCUUCACAAGGCAGACAAAGAUGAACCAUGCAAAAAGGAACUUUUAUUUGAUGAUCCACAAUUUCACAAACCAUUGCAUUCUAGAAAACGACUUCCACGAAUACAACCGCGUCCAUUAUUGCAAAUCUAAUAUUAAUAUUUUACAUUUA